CUGAACAUCGAUAAACCCUAGAUCUCCCCGAUAAGCAGCGCAAAGAUGGCAGAUGCCGAGACUUUUGCCUUCCAGGCGGAGAUCAAUCAGUUGCUCUCGCUCAUCAUCAACACGUUCUACAGUAACAAGGAGAUCUUCCUUCGUGAGCUCAUCAGUAACUCCUCCGAUGCUUUGGACAAGAUUAGGUUCGAGUCCUUGACCGACAAGAGCAAGCUCGAUGGCCAGCCAGAGCUAUUCAUUCACAUCAUUCCUGACAAGGCUAACAACACCUUGACCAUCAUUGAUAGUGGUAUCGGUAUGACCAAGGCUGAUUUGGUCAACAACCUUGGAACCAUUGCGAGGUCUGGCACCAAGGAGUUCAUGGAGGCGUUGGCUGCUGGUGCUGAUGUUAGCAUGAUUGGGCAGUUUGGUGUUGGUUUCUACUCUGCUUACUUGGUUGCUGAUAAGGUCAUUGUCACCACCAAGCACAAUGAUGAUGAGCAGUAUGUGUGGGAGUCUCAGGCAGGUGGGUCUUUCACCGUGACCAGAGACACCUCUGGAGAGAGUCUUGGCAGGGGUACGAAGAUGGUCCUUCACCUCAAGGAGGAUCAGUUGGAGUAUCUUGAGGAGAGGAGGCUUAAGGAUUUGGUCAAGAAGCAUUCUGAGUUCAUCAGCUACCCAAUCUCCCUGUGGAUUGAGAAGACCAUUGAGAAAGAGAUUUCUGAUGACGAGGAUGAGGAGGAAAAGAAGGAUGAGGAAGGAAAGGUUGAGGAAGUAGAUGAGGAGAAAGAAAAGGAAGAGAAGAAAAAGAAGAAGAUUAAGGAGGUUUCUCACGAGUGGGACUUGGUGAACAAGCAGAAGCCUAUCUGGAUGAGGAAGCCUGAGGAGAUCAACAAGGAGGAGUACGCUGCCUUCUACAAGAGUCUCAGCAAUGACUGGGAAGAGCACUUGGCCGUGAAGCACUUUUCAGUUGAGGGACAGCUCGAAUUCAAGGCUGUUCUCUUUGUUCCCAAGAGAGCUCCUUUUGAUCUCUUUGACACCAAGAAGAAGCCUAACAACAUCAAGCUUUACGUCCGUCGUGUCUUCAUCAUGGACAACUGUGAAGACAUCAUUCCAGAGUACCUUGGAUUUGUCAAGGGUAUUGUCGACUCUGAAGAUCUUCCUCUCAACAUCUCUAGAGAGACUUUGCAGCAGAACAAGAUCCUUAAGGUCAUCCGCAAGAACCUUGUGAAGAAGUGCAUGGAGCUCUUCUUUGAGAUUGCUGAGAACAAGGAGGACUACAACAAGUUCUACGAAGCAUUCUCUAAGAAUUUGAAGCUUGGUAUCCACGAGGACUCUCAAAACAGGACCAAGAUCGCUGAGUUGCUCCGUUACCACUCGACCAAGAGUGGCGAUGAGUUGACCAGCCUCAAGGACUACGUGACAAGGAUGAAGGAAGGUCAGGAGGACAUCUUCUACAUCACCGGUGAGAGCAAGAAGGCUGUGGAGAAUUCUCCAUUCCUUGAGAAGCUCAAGAAGAAAGGGUACGAGGUUCUUUACAUGGUUGAUGCCAUUGAUGAGUAUGCCAUUGGUCAACUCAAGGAAUUUGAGGGAAAGAAGCUCGUGUCUGCAACCAAGGAAGGUCUGAAACUUGAAGAGUCAGAGGACGAGAAGAAGAAAAAGGAGGAGCUAAAGGAAAAGUUUGAGGGACUCUGCAAAGUGAUCAAGGACGUUCUUGGAGACAAGGUCGAAAAGGUUAUUGUCUCUGACCGUGUUGUGGACUCACCUUGCUGUCUGGUAACAGGUGAAUACGGCUGGACCGCAAACAUGGAGAGGAUCAUGAAAGCGCAGGCUUUGAGAGACAGCAGCAUGGGUGGUUACAUGUCUUCCAAGAAAACAAUGGAGAUCAACCCUGAGAAUUCGAUCAUGGACGAGCUAAGGAAGAGAGCCGAAGCUGACAAGAAUGACAAAUCUGUGAAAGAUCUUGUUCUUCUCCUGUUUGAGACUGCCCUUCUCACUUCAGGUUUCAGCCUAGACGAGCCCAACACUUUCGGGAGCAGAAUCCACAGGAUGUUGAAGCUGGGGUUGAGCAUUGACGAAGAUGAUACCGCUGAAGCUGAUGCAGAGAUGCCUCCGCUUGAAGAUGAUGCCGAUGCCGAAGGUAGCAAGAUGGAGGAGGUCGACUAAUUGGUGCCCAGAUAAUGGUUUUUCUCGACUUCUCUGAUCCUUUUUAUCGUUGAAACUUUAUCAUUUUGGUAUUUUUCUCUUCUAGAGUAUUAUUUGCUUUCUGUCCGAACCUAUCUAUUACUUUCAAGUUUCAAGUAAGAAAAUCCAGACAGUUUUUGCAAGAUUGAUAGCCUUCCGGAUCUGAUUUUAUUUUGUGAAUUAGAACUAAUCAUAGUGUCUGCAUAGCGAACGCACUUUGCUCCGACAGCAUCAUAGUAACUCACGUCUUGGUUUCAUGAGACGCAUGUUGCUUUGAUUUCCGUCUGCAAGGUGCUUUGUAUUCUGUCUGUUUGCGUUAGGAAGGUUGCUCUUUAGCUUUAAUAGUAGACGACUUAUGUGGUCAGGCAUUUUGAAAUGUUCCUGACCGACCCCUCUUCCCAUCUGUUUAUCUAUUGUAUGGUAAAAGACUCAUGUUUGAGCUUUGUGUUAUGCAUCUGUAAAAAAGAUGUAGAAGUGGUGGUGGACGAGUAAAUGGCAGUCUGUUUCUUGUUUGUGUGCAAGUAAAAGUAUAAUUGUGCAAGAAUGAGAAUAGUGGCAUGUAAC